GCUGUCGUGAACUGCGUUACUGUCACUAGACCUACUGGUGCCAUUGGGUAGUAAACGGCGCGGAAGGAAGCCAGCAUGAGGGCGAUUGUUUUCUCACUGGCGUGUAUUCUGUGUUUCGCCAGCCAAGUCGGCCGCGCUGCAGCGAACGGGAAUCUAUCUGCGAUCACCUACAAUACGUUUCUCUCGACCGACGAGGGCAGGUCGGCACGAUUGCCGAUUCUAUUGGAUUUGUUCAGGAAUGGCAGUGUGUCGUCGAUGGCGGACGUCGUGUGCUUGCAGGAAGUGCAAAGCAUAGAACACCAGGGAAACGUAACGGCUGCAGCUCGUGAUGGUGGUUAUCCGUACAGCUUCAGCUUCCUAGACCAGUUCGACACGGCCACUUUGGCCGUCCUUGGCUCUACCCCGGCGUGUAACGCGGUGAAUUUCGCUCGCCUUGCUCCGUGCUUUGCUCCGGGUGUUUGUCAGAGCGUGUUGGUCUCAACUGAUGAACGGGUUAUACUAAACUGCUUAUUCUCUAAGUGCUUGGGUAUGCUAUCUGCUGCAUCCUUAUCCCAAGAAUGCAUUAACUGUUUCACUGUUGAGAAGGUCGCCGGGAUAUUUGGCCCUGGCAACAGAUUCGGUGAAGGCACUUGUUUCACGUUGCCAAAAUUGAACUUUCGCUCUACAUAUGGCUUACUGUUGCUGAGCAAGUACCCACUGAGGAACACAGCAACUCGAACGUUCUUACCUACGCCAUCGUUCUUCUCGCGCGGCUAUCUUCGAGCUACUGUUGCCGGUGGUGAUGAUGUUGGAGAUUGGACGGCCUUGUGCACUCAUCUCUACCCCAACGUGACGGGAGUCAUGUACGGCGGUCCUUUCAUGAAUGAGGAAGAGGAAAACCUGAACAACACAUUGCAGAUGAUAGGCGACAGUCAAGUGGAGGACAGCGAUCGGGUUCUGUGGAUGGGGGACAUGAACCAUGGUCCGACACUAACAGGAGAAGCACCCACGUUUCCAAAGAAUUACCAAACUGUCCUGGAAAGCUCCUACUGUAGUCCGUUUGGAGAGCUAGUGCGCCAGUGCACAUUUUGUGACCUCCGGCCACCACGAUCAAUAUUGGAUGGGAUCUAUGUCAAGGCCUCCUUCCUGACUUGUGCUGAUGGAGUACAGGCUGGGAAUACUGCAUCUGGUGUCAAACUGAACGCCUCCGUUGUGUUGGCCAAUGAGUAUGUGUAUUCUCCGCUUGGUCCUUUGCAAAUUUCUGAUCAUCGUGGAGUGCGAGUGACUAUUUCGAAUAUUCCUAGGAGUACUGGAGAAGGCAGUGGAAGUGGACGGACUGCUAUGCUGAGCACAUGGGUUACGUUAGCUAUUCUUGCCGCUGUCCUCUAUCAACUCUGCUAGGUGGACAGUGCCAAGUCAGCUGACAGAGGUGCUGGCCUACUGUGAAGCUUAUAUUAUUGUAAUCCUCACUUGGGCGAGUGCACGCAAACCCAUACAUGGACCAGAGUUGUGUUUUCUGCUGGCACUAUAGUGAUGUGUGUGCCUGUGUCGUCAUUUUAUAACUUAGUGACGCACUUCUACUUGUAUUACUUUGAAGUUUGAUGUUUGUUGUGUUUUUAGACGUGCCGCUUGAUUUCCGCGGCACUAGAAUCCGUGUUGCACUUUUAGUGGCGCAUUUCUAUUCGUAUCGCAGUUCCCCCUUUAGUAGCAGCUCUGCCUCCUUCCGUUGAGUGCCCCCCCCCCCUCUCCCUCUCUCUCUCUCUCUCUCUCUCUCUCUCUCUUUCCCCCCCCCCUCUCUCUCUCUCUCUCUCUCUCUCUCCCUCUCUCUCCCCCCCCCCUCUCUCUCUCUCUCUCUCUCUCUCUCUUUCCCCCCCCUCUCUCUCUCUCUCUCUCUCUCUCUCCCUCUCUCUCCCCCCCCCCCCUCUCUCUCUCUCUCUCUCUCUCUCUCUCUCUCUCUCUCUCUCUCUCUCUCUCUCUCUCUCUCUCUCUCUCUCUCUCUCUCUCUUUCUUCUUUUUUUUACGGCUCGACCCUCUGCUAGCUGUGAUAGAUUUGGACAACCUUUGAAACUUGACUGACGACUUCCUAUCCGUUACUUGACCUUUUCUAGUUGCAUCUGAUUUUUUAUCUUGGAGUUCCCACCGGCUACGUCAACAAUAUCGCCCAUGUACUGUUAUCUAGUUUCUAUUAUAGUUGUGUGUACAAGCUUAGUUUUACUCUUAGAUAUUAUGUGCAGCACAGAUUGAUACGGCCCUGUCCGACUUAUCUAGAAAAGCGAUCCUGUUAGCUUUUCUAUUAUUGUGAUUCUGAUUGCUGCUGCAUGAAAAUUAAUAACAUCAUGAAAUGUGUCUUAAAAAAAACCUUUUUCAACCCUCACCGUAUUUAUAAUCUCUGGCUUUUUCUCGGCACAGCAA